GGGGGCCGUGGCCCGUGGGGUAGCGGCAGCGCCUUCUCGUCCAGUCGUCCGGCUUCUGAAGCUUGUUUCUUGCCAACGCUAGCCAAACAAACGGGCGAAGGAGGCGCCGCUCCGCGCGUCAAGCUCCGGAUACUUCGCUCUCCGACGGGAGCUAGGAAGAGCCGAAAAUACCAGCUUCGCCUGGCUGCCUCUGCCUGGCUGGUUCCGUGACCUCUAGAGGGCGCGUCGGGGCUAGCGGAGCGGAGUCGCUGGGGCACGUCGUGGCCGGGCGGAGGAGACGAGGGGCGCCGGACGCAAACACCAGCACAGGAGCGGCGAGUCGGAAUCGCCGGACGUGGAGCAGGCGACUCGAGGCUCCGAGGGUGUCCGCGUGGCGAACAACGAGCGGACGUAGUAGUUGCGGUAGAUGCCCAGCCCCGUUCCGGCAUGCACUCCGGCCGACGCGUCUCUUCCCAAUCCCACGACGACGAGACGGCGUGCAGCGACCAGCGAGCGAGUGCAAGAAGCUCCUGUUCGAUCGAUCUCGGGAGCUCCGAUACUGCGCGCAAUCCCAAAUUUGACACAGAGUCACAGCAAUGUCAGUGAGCCAUGCCGACGAGCACGAGAUAUCUCUGUGCGACCCCAGCUCCGAGGACGACCGGCGGCGCCGGAAGAUCGGGUCCCUGCCGCUCAAGGCUAUCCACGCGCUACGGAAGAAGCGCGCCCGGCGUCGCGUCACUGACUUCCGGUUCCCCGCGGCCAUCUCCAUCGAGGACGUCCGCGACGCCGAAGAGGAGCGCGCCGUCGCCGCCUUCCGCGACCGUCUCGCCGCGCACCGCCUCCUCCCCGACAAGCACGACGACUACCACAUGAUGCUGAGGUUUCUUAAAGCAAGGAAGUUCGAUUCCGACAAGGCAAUGCAAAUGUGGUCAGAGAUGCUGAGGUGGAGGAAAGAGUUUGGUACCGACACAAUCUUGGAGGACUUUGAGUUCGACGAGCUCAACGAUGUACUCCACUACUAUCCUCAGGGCUACCAUGGCGUCGACCGUGAAGGCCGGCCCGUGUACAUUGAGAGGCUCGGCAAAGUUGAUCCGAACAAGCUCAUGCAGAUCACCUCGGUGGAUCGCUACAUCAAGUACCAUGUGCAGGAGUUCGAGAGGGCCUUCAGGGAGAGGUUCCCUGCCUGCACACUGUCAGCCAAGAGGCACAUUGACUCCACUACCACUAUACUGGACGUCCAUGGUGUGGGGUUCAAGAAUUUCUCAAAGACCGCAAGGGAGCUUGUCCAACGUAUGCAGAGAAUAGACAGUGACUACUACCCUGAGACGCUACAUCAGAUGUAUGUUGUGAAUGCAGGCAGUGGGUUUAAGUUGAUCUGGAACAGUGUUAAGGGAUUCCUAGACCCAAAAACUUCUUCCAAGAUCCAUGUUCUUGGUUCCAACUACCAGAGCAGACUUAUCGAAGUUAUUGACUCAAGUGAAUUGCCAAAAUUUCUUGGCGGAUCAUGCACAUGCAGUGAGAAGGGUGGUUGCCUCAGGUCUAACAGGGGUCCAUGGAAUGACCCUGUCAUCAUGAAGCUAAUACACAGUAUGGAAGGUGGUAGUACUAGAGAAAUAAAGCAAGUUUCUGACGGGGACGAAAGAAGUGGCUCUUCCCUAAGGGCAGAAAACCUGAAGGGCAUGCUUAGUGACAUAUCAAAUGCUGAAUCUGAGUCGGAUGUUGAUGACGUUGGUUUAACAGUUGUCCAAAAGAGUACGGACCACAGUUUACUAACCCCAGUUCAUGAAGAAGUCAAGGGGUCAGAUACUUCGAUAUUUUGUAGUUCUAGCAGUAAGCAUCUCCUAGAUACAACUCCUGGAGCUCCUCAGGCCACCCCUCAAAUGGAGAUGCCCAUUCAGUUGACUUGCCGUAAAUAUUUUCCUACCUUUGGGUGGCUAAAUAAUUUAGGGAAUGCUUACAUUAGUUUGCAUGGUACAUCCGCUGGAAGGACUCUGGAAAACCUUGCUACCGGACUGAUCACACUCUUGAUCAGGAUAUCAUCUUUCUUCCACCUUUCCGUCUACCGGCAAGAAAGAUUUAUAGAAACCGUCCAACCCUGUGCCGCGGCACAGGAACCAGAACCUCAAAGGGAAGAGGACAUGAGUGCUUGUUUACGACGCCUCAAGAAGCUCGAGUCACUGUGUGAUCACCUCAUGAGCAAACCUCCGGAUAUGCCGAAGGAGAAAGAACUUGUAUUGAUGCAGUCCUUCGAUCGGAUAAAAUCCCUCGAGGCUGAACUGGAGGCGACGAAAAACGCGCUGCAGGCUGCGGUGGAAAAGCAGAUGGAACUGGUGGAGACGGUAGAAGCUCUGCAGCACCAAUCGACCAGCGUUAGGAGGAGAUUUUGCUGUUCAUAGGAGUAGGGUUGUCGUCGUCGCGCCGAAGCUGUCUGGGUUAGCAAAUAAUGAACCUGACGCUGCCCUUGGCAUCUUGUUUUUGCUCGACUUCUGAAGCGUCAUGACGCCAAACCUGUCGCUGGCUCGGCACACUGUAUGCGCGGAUGCGUGUGAAAUCGAUCAUUUUUUUUGUAGCUACACUCUGGCUUCUGUGAUCUCCAGAGCUUGCAAAAUGUCAAAGCUUUCGCUGCCCUACUGCUGCGUAUUGUUGA